AUGGCCAAAUCGUUCACCUACCAAGAAAUUGCAGACCACAAUUCAGAACAGGACCUGUGGUUAAUUAUUAACGGCAAAGUUUACGAUUGUUCCAAGUUUGCAGAUGAACACCCUGGUGGCGACGAAGUGUUGUUAGAUUUAGGAGGUCAAGAUGCCACCAUUCCAUUUUUAGAUAUAGGCCAUACCGAUGAUGCCGUGAAACUCUUAGACCACAUGUAUAUUGGUGAUGUUGAUGAAACUUCGGAAAAAGUCCACCCUGAUGAGACUGAGACAGUAACAACCACUACUAAAGAAGGUGCUGGUGCUUUAUGGUUAGCGUUUAUUUUUAUUUUUUGGCCGCCGCUUACUACAAUUAUUACCACAAUAAAUGGUUCUAAAAACCAAGCUGCUGCUAUAAAAAGUGAACUACUUAUUUAUUAUUUGAACUUAGAUAUUUAA